GUUGCCCCGUGGAGGCAGAGAAGCAUCGCCAUGAGGUCCCUGGCUCUGCUUCUGCCUUUCCUGCUGACAGGAUCCGCACUUCCGUCUCAUACUACUACCAUACAAUGCCCUGUCGGAUUCCACAAUAUUUACGACCACUGCGUCCAGUUCCGCACGCAGUCUGUCACGUGGCACGACGGGAUGAACGAGUGCUUUAACGUCGGCGCCAACAUGGUCAAGAUCGACGACGCAAACUUCAUGUACUACCUGUUCAGGUUCAUCAAAGACAAUGAACUGGGUGGCCAUAAUUACUGGAUCGGCGCCUCAGACGAAGGCCACGAAGGCGACUUCAGGUGGACGGACGGGACGGCGGUCAAGAUGGGGACGCCGUUCUGGGGCGACGGCAGCGACCAGGGGCAGGAACCCGACGGCGGAGCUCUCAUUGACUGUGUAGUACUGAUGGAAGUGGAUCAUUUCUUUAUGUGGGACACAGACUGCAGUUCAGAACAUUCCGUUAUCUGUGAGAUAUACUGAAGAUCAUGUCAAAAAUCUGCUGAUCAGAAGAUAUAUGAAAUAAAAUAUUCCUUGUCGUA